UUUUCACGCCGGCUUCUUUUUGGCGAAUCUGCUUUUCAGGAAGUCAAGAUGCGUCCACAGAUGUCAACCAUUUGAAAGAAACCAUGGCAGCCACCAAAGCCUCUAAAGAACAGAAAUACGACAGGCAGCUUAGGCUGUGGGGCGACCAUGGUCAGGAAACACUGGAGAAUGCACAUGUUUGUCUCAUCAACGCCACAGCAACUGGAACAGAGAUACUGAAGAACCUGGUACUUCCAGGUAUUGGAGCAUUCACCAUAGUUGAUGGACACACAGUCUCUGGGGAAGAUGUUGGAAACAACUUUUUCCUUAGCAACAACAGCAUCGGAAAGAACAGAGCACAGGCUGCCACUGAGCUGCUACAAGAACUCAACAGUGAUGUCUCUGGAAACUUUGUCGAGGAGAGUCCAGAUAAACUGCUGGACAAUGAUCCAGAGUUUUUCCACAGGUUUACCAUAGUUAUUGGUGUCCAGUUGCCAGAAAGCACAUGUUUGAGGCUCGGCUCAGUUCUGUGGAGUGCCUCGGUACCUUUCCUAGUCUGUAAAACCUACGGCCUCAUUGGCUACAUGAGACUAGCGGUGCAGGAGCAUACAGUGAUUGAAUCUCACCCAGACAAUGCCUUAGAGGACCUGAGGUUAGACCAGCCUUUUGGCGAAUUCAAGAACCACAUUCAGUCCUAUGACCUUGACAGCAUGGACAAGAAGGAUCACAGUCACACACCGUGGAUUAUCAUUGUUGCAAAAUAUCUGGAGAAAUGGCUCAGUGAGCACAAUGGUCAGCCCCCUAAAAAUUACAAGGAUAAAGAGGCCUUCAGACAGUUAAUCCGGGAAGGGAUCCUGAAGAAUGAGAAUGGUGUCCCAGAGGAUGAAGAAAACUUUGAGGAAGCUAUUAAGAAUGUUAAUACUGCUUUAAAUCCAACCAAGGUUCCUAGUGCUGUUGAAGACCUCUUCAAUAGUGAACAGUGUAAAAACAUCACAUCACAGACCCCAGACUUCUGGGUGAUGCUGCGAGCUGUCAAGGAGUUUGUUCACAAUGAAGGCAAUGGAAGCCUACCUGUACGGGGAACCAUCCCGGAUAUGAUCGCAGACUCUCAGAAGUUUAUCAACCUUCAAAAUGUUUACAGGGAAAAGGCCAUGCAGGAUGCAGUGGCUGUUUUAAAGCAUGUAGAAUGUCUAUUGCAGUCUGUUGGAAAGCCACCAGAGAGCAUCUCUGAAAAGGACAUCAAACUGUUCUGUAAGAAUGCAUCUUUUUUGAGGGUGGUGCGCUGCAGAUCUCUCACUGAAGAAUAUAGUGUGGAUUCAGUAAAUAAAGAUGAAAUCACCUCGUGCAUGGACAGUCCAGAUAGCGAGAUGGUCUUCUACCUCAUGCUUCGUGCUGUUGAUCGCUUCUAUCAGCAGCACUCCCGCUACCCAGGAGUUUACAACUACCAGGUUGAGGAAGACAUCAGCAAACUGAAGCUCUGUGUAAAUGGCCUACUGCAGGAGUACAGCCUCAACGUCAACAUUAAAGACGACUAUAUUCAUGAGUUCUGUCGAUACGGUGCUGCAGAGCCACACACAGUUGCAGCAUUUCUGGGAGGAUCAGCUGCUCAAGAGGCCAUCAAGAUCAUCAGCCACCAGUUUGUGCCAUUUAGCAACACUUUCAUUUACAAUGCAAUGUCACAGACCUCUGCCACCUUACAAUUGUGAAUUCAGUUACAGAUCUUGAGUUUUCACAGAAAUGUCAGAGAAGUAGGGAAGAAUGAAAAUGAAGAGUGAAAGAACCAUUUACUGUACCGGCUGGUUUUAGUUAAUCCAAACUACACUGCACCUGCGGUUUUGAAAGAGGGAGGAAAGAUUGGAGUUUUAUCACCUUUGAAUGGGAUUACUACAUAAAUAUGUGCACUUAAACCUAAAAUAUUUCUUAAAGAGAUCAAAAGUCAGGGCUCUAUAGGCUAAAUGUUCUGAUGAUCAUAAAGCCUUGCCUUCUUCUCAAAAGUUCUAGAAGGGGAAUGAAUCAGGGUGGCACUCAGAGGAUUUCUUUGACUGUUUUUUUUGUGUUCAGGAGAUGUCAUUAAACAAAGCUGGAAAUGAAACUAGCAGAUUCAAAACCCCUGUAGUAUCGUGUAGUAUUUUCAUCUGUGAAACUCCACAUUUAUGGAUGAUAUAUUACAGUGUAGCAGCACUUUGUAUACUUUAGUCACAACUGUCUCUUAUUAUAUUGUGUUUGAACAAGGUGGGAUAUAUUUGGUUAAAAUGAAAACAUAUGUAGUGUUUUAACUCAUGUGUUGCUAUAAAAACUUUCAACAUUUUA